AGAUUGUAAAUUACAAAGACUUCCAAAAUUACUCACCGCCGCAACUCCGCCUUUCUAAUUCACUCCGGGAAGUAAUUCCGCUGCCUAUGUAGCUUUCUUUCAAUCGGUUGCGGUGGAAAAAUACAGCGAGAUCAUGGAGGCUCUGAGGGUCCGAUUGAGAUCGUCAAACCCGCCGACAAUUUUACCCGACGACGUAAUGAUGGGGAUUUUCUCGACGGUGCCGAUGAAGGAUCUGGUUCGAUUACGCCGGGUAUGUAAGUCCUGGCAAAACCUCAUAACCUCACUCGAUAUGUUCAAAGUUUUCCAAAUCCAAACUUCCCUUUCCAGACAAAAAACCAGUCCUAACUGUCAAGAUUUUGUUGAAUUCCUCCUCUUAGACGACUGUAAAUAUGAUAAUGGUGAUAAAACGCCCGACCUUCAAAUUAGGGAACGAUUAUCUAAACUGACAGUAAAAUUAGCCAAAGAUGAUAAUUUGAUUAGGACCCACCGACUAAUCUGUAAAGACGGUGUGAUUUCUUUGGUGGGUUGUUGCCAUGGAUUGCUCUGUUUUUCUAAACAGGGUGAAAUUAACUGUGAUGUGUAUCUCUGCAAUCCGGUUCUGGGUCAGGUUAGGGCUCUCCCAAAGAGCAAGUUGGACAGUAUAGGGAGUAGUAAGAAUGCUGUUGUUACAUUCUUUUAUGAUGAUUACGACAACGAUUAUAAAGCUGUGAAAAUUGUGGAAUUUUGUAAUUUCUUGAAGGUUGGGGUAUAUAGUUUGAAGAACAACUCCUGGAAAAUAUUUAGCCCCUUAGCUAUUCCUUGGAAUCGGGUCUUUCUUCUGAAGGUUUCCAAUGGCAGAUCACAGUUGUUAGUUCAUAAGGGUUGUAUCUAUUUGUUGGUUUACUUGUUGGCGUGUGAUGAUUUAGAUGGGUUCCAUGGACCUUAUUUCUUGAUCAUCUUGGAUGUGAACAAUGGAGAAGCUCGAACAAUUCCCUUACCGAAUGGUCCGGAUCUGCCACCUUGUCCAUUAAAUCUAUUGUUUUUUAAAGGAUCUGUUGCCUUUUCUAGUUGGUUCUUUAGCAAUACAUUCAGGUUUGAUGAACUCUGGGUGUUCCAGGAGGAUGGAAAUUACAGUGACAAUCUGCAUUGGAUGUUCAAGAAGGAUGAGUGGGAAAGGUUUUGGAGGAAAAAGUCUGUUUCUCAAGAAAAUUGUCCACCUCAUCCCCUUCUUCCCUACAGAACAACUGGGGUAACAAUGGGCAGAAAUGAGCUUUAUUUUUUGAGUUCUAUUAAAGGCUCCGAGUUUGUAUAUGACAUCCAGUCAAGAGACCUGUGGGAUCAUCCUGUAGCUGAUUAUGUUCCGAGUUUAGUUUCUGUAAUGACCCCUUCUCCUUCUCCUCCUCCUCCUCCUUCUUGUGUCGAGACGAAUAUGGAAAAUUCAGUUGACGAAGAAGAGAGUAAAGAUCAUUAACUUGGAAGAAGAAUGAUUAGCAUACUAGAGGGGGCUCUCAGGAGUGUAGCAAGGCCUAUGUUGUUCUUUUGUUCCUAAACAAUGUAUGUAGCAACACCUUUUCUAAGUUUUUUUUUUUUUUUUUUUUUUUCUUUUGUUUCUAAACUCUGUAGCAACACCUGUUUUAUGUUGUAUUUGUUCCUAAACUGCUAUUCCUUGCGGUGGGUCUUGGCCACCAGAUUCUUGUAAUUCAAAAUGAGCUGAUUAGUGCUGGGAUAGCUGAUAGUAUUCUCAACGGCUAUUUUGAG